GGGAAGUGUUUUCCCGGCAGAUUGAUGAGGUGCCCAUGCUGCCUGAUAUUCCAACUCUGCAAGGAUUAAUUUAUUUGUAAAACACGACUUGACAAAGAGAACAUCAUGUCUGAAGAAGCCGGACCAAGUGGCCAGUCCCAAUCCCAGUCCCAAACCCAAUCCCAGCCUGGGUCCAGUUCCUCAUCCGCCCCAACGCCAUCAAGUCAGGGCUCCUCCUCGGGUUCAGGGACAUUGAGUUCAGUGGACACAGUCCCUGUACAGGAAUUACAGUCUAUUCCUGAAGAUGAGGAAGAACCUCAGCCUCAGGUUUGGGGCCGCGUCAUUCCCCUGGUGCAGGGAUUUCAUGUUCUCAACUGCGUGGAAGACCAGUACUCGUUCGGAAGAGACAGACAGUGCGACUAUACUUUUAAGACUUCUGUUGUCAAAAAAUCAGCACGCUUCAACACGUAUAGCAAGAACCACUUUAGGAUUUUCAGGGAUGAAAAUCUUGUGUACAUUGAGGACUUGAGUGGUAACGGCACGUGGGUGGAUGAAGAUAAAAUAGGACAAGGCAGUAAGCGCGUCCUGAGCAACAACUCUGUCAUUGCGCUGGCAGAACAGAAACACCAAGUGUUCAUGUUUAUUGAUAAGAUGGGCAAUGACCAGCCGAACCUCCCAGCAGAGUUCAGCAACAAGUACCACAUAGCCAGAAAGAUCGGAACAGGGGUCUGUGGUGAAGUCAAACUUGCCAUCGAAAAGGAAACCUGUAAAAAAGUGGCGCUGAAAACCAUAAAUAAAAAUGAUUUUCCAUCAAUAGGGACGGCCACGAGAAAUGCAGAAAGAGAGAUCGAGAUUUUAAAGAAAAUUGAUCAUCCAUGUUUGAUCAAAACGGAAGAUUUCUACCAGACAGAAGAUUCCUACUACAUUGUUUUAGAGUAUGUUGAGGGUGGAGAGCUGUUUGGCAGAAUCAAGGCACAGAAACAGCUAGAGGAAGACAUAGCUAAACUUUACUUUUAUCAGAUGCUCAAAGCAGUAGAGUAUCUUCACAAUAACGGGAUCAUUCAUCGAGAUCUGAAGCCAGAGAAUGUGCUGCUCGCUUCACAUGACGACAUUUGUUUGAUAAAGAUAACAGAUUUUAAUCAGUCUAAGAUUUUGGAAGAGUCCUCUCUAAUGAAGACACUAUGUGGGACGCCCACAUAUCUCGCCCCAGAGGUGUUCACUCACGCUGCUACUGUGGGCUACACCAAAGCUGUAGAUUACUGGAGUCUGGGGGUGCUUCUGUUCAUCUGUUUGGGUGGCUAUCCUCCUUUCAACACUGAAUGCACGACCAUGACGGUUCGAGAGCAGAUCAUCAACGGUCAUUAUCGCUUUAUCCCGUCUCAGUGGAAGAAAGUCUCGAACGAAGCCAAAGACUUGAUCAAGAAGCUCCUGGUUGUGGAUCCUGAGAAGCGUCUCAGUGUAGAAGAGGCUCUUGAACAUCCAUGGUUAAAGGACGAUGAGAUGAAAGACACUGCAAAACAGCUAAUGUUUCCUGAACCGUCCAGGAAACGUAAGGCACAAGGAGAAGGAGGUGAACCAUCAUCCAAAAGGAAACCUGCCGCUUGAUAUUAACGCACAUUUUAUUCCUGUUUCCUGGUGGCUAUUUUUAACUCUUUUUCCU